AGCAUUGGUGAGGGUGGCUUCUGGGAAGGAACCGUGAAAGGACGGACCGGUUGGUUCCCGGCAGAAUGCGUUGAGGAAGUGCAGAUGCGACAGUAUGAUUCACGGCAAGAAACGAGAGAAGAUAGGACAAAGCGUCUCUUCCGACAUUACACUGUGGGUUCAUAUGACAACUUCACUUCCCACAGUGACUACGUCAUCGAGGAGAAGACGGCCGUGCUGCAGAAGAGGGAGCAUGAGGGAUUCGGGUUUGUGUUGCGAGGGGCCAAAGCGGAGACUCCAAUUGAGGAGUUCACCCCAACUCCAGCCUUCCCAGCACUCCAGUACCUGGAGUCAGUGGAUGUGGAAGGUGUGGCCUGGAAAGCAGGACUUCGCACGGGAGACUUUCUGAUUGAGGUGAAUGGUGUGAAUGUGGUAAAGGUAGGGCACAAGCAAGUGGUGUCGCUGAUCCGGCAGGGAGGAAACCACCUGGUGAUGAAAGUCGUCUCCGUCAGCCGCAAGCCAGAAUCAGAAGACGUCGUCCGAAAGAAGGCCCCGCCGCCUCCCAAAAGAGCCCCCAGCACCACCCUGACGCUGCGCUCCAAGUCCAUGACGGCCGAGCUGGAGGAACUAGCCUCGAUGCGGAGGAGAAAAGGGGAGAAACUGGAUGAGAUCUUGGCAGCAGCUGAGCCCUCACUGAGAGCAGACAUUGUCGAAGCAGAUUCCAGGGCAGCCACUGUGAAGCAACGACCCACGAGCCGGCGCAUCACUCCAGCGGAGAUCAGUUCGCUCUUCGAACGCCAGGGAAUGGCCGCUCACUCGGGAGUUCUCCCAGGAGCCGAGAAACCCCACGUGUCCCUACGCAAAGGAAUUCCCCGGACAAAAUCUGUAGGUGAAGAUGAGAAACUUGCUGCUUCUUUGAUGGAUGGGAAGUUUCCUCGGAGCACAUCAAUGCAAGACACUGUCAGGGAAGGGCACGGAAUCCCACCCCCACCUCAGACAGCUCCGCCCCCUCCUCCGUCUCCAUAUUACUUUGACACAGGCCCUCCCCCAUCCUUCUCCCCACCUCCACCUCCGGGAAGGGUUUAUGAUACCAUAAGAUCGAGCUUUAAGCCAAGCCUGGAGGCCAAACUCCAUGGCCUCCCCCAGGUUAUCAGUGCAACUGAGAUGUAUGACCAGGCAAGGACUUCUAUCUCGUAUCCUGAAAGGCAAAAGAGAGCUCGAUCCAUGAUAAUCCUGCAGGACUCCUCUCAUCUUCCUGUGGAGCCAACAGAGAUCCCUCGGCCUGGCCCUUCCGCCACGCCCCCGGAGAAGCUGAAAAGGAAAGGACGAGUGAUUGAUAACCCUUACGCCAACAUGGGCCAGUUCAACGUCAGCCUCUUUGCUCCCACCAAGCCCCAGAGGAAGAAGAGCCCUUUAGUGAAGCAGCUGCAAGUAGAGGAUGCUCAGGAAAGAGCAGCUUUAUCCAUCACAGGAGGCUUUACGCGGGAGCCCUCUCCCACCCGCCGGAGCCAUCGCAUGAGUGGCAUAGAGUAUCAGCACCAUGCUGGCAUCGCUCAGGUCGACCCCUCGAGCAUCCCCUUUGCCACUGCCAUCGCUGGAGUCAUGAAGGACAGAGAGCGUCGUCUUGAUGAGAGGCGGAAAUCCACUGUCUUCCUCUCGGUUGGGGCCAUUGAAGGGAGCCCUCCCAGCAUUGACAUGCCAUCACUACAGCAGUCCAGGUCUAUUGAUGAGCGGUUGCUAGGAAGCCGAGAUGUGCUGCUGCCUUCACCUGUCUCAGCUUUAAAGCCAUUAAUUAGCAGCUCAUCCUCAACAUUCAUCCACCCCCUAACAGGAAAGCCCCUAGAUCCAAACUCACCACUGGCGCUUGCGCUGGCCGCAAGGGAGCGGGCCCUGUCCACUCAAGUCCCGUCCAGGUCGCCCACCCCAAUCCACAGCCCAGAUUCAGACCGAGCAGUAUCCCUGUUUGUGGACGUCCAAACCAAAGAACCAGAAAAGGGGGAGCUAGAGAGCCUAGUGUCACCUGCAUAUUCGCCUGGAGCCAAAGGGGCAGCAGGAGCAGCUCUUGGGACUUUGGCCCCUACAAAAAGCCACUGGGGAACUCCAACAACACUGAGAAAAGAGACUGAGACAAGAGCAGAAACACCUGUGAAAGAAGAGAAAAAACAUCAAGACAAGAAAUCUAUGAUCAUUAGUAUUAUGGACACAUCACAGCAGAAGACAGCCGGCCUCAUCAUGGUCCAUGCAACAAGUAAUGGCCAAGAGGAAAUAGGACUUGAGAUGAAAGAGGAGAAACCAGAUGUUCCUGAAGCAAGCAUGGAGCCGGAAGAGCUGCCCAAAGCGGAGACUGAGCCCAGCCCUGUGGGAAAGUCUCCGGUUAGCCCAGCAUCUGACAAGACACUUGGUCAAGGAAGUUCAGAGGAGGAAGUGGAGCCCUACACAGUUACCCUCCCACCAGCUCAGCUGUCUUCAAGUGAUGAAGAGACCAGGGAGGAACUGGCCAAGAUUGGGCUGGUGCCUCCACCAGAUGAGUUUGCAAAUGGGGUACUAGUCACCACCCCUGGCACACCAAUCAGCCAACUGGCUAAGCCUAGCACGCCAUCCAUACCAGCGGCAGCAGUAGCACCUUCUACCACUGGUGGAACACCCUCAGGGAAGCCCUCUGAUGCCCCCGUAGCCCCAGAGUCUGCUGCAGACUCAGGAGUAGAAGAGGUGGACACCAGAAGUUCAAGUGACCAUCACCUGGAGACCACAAGCACCAUCUCUACAGUCUCCAGUAUGUCUACAUUGUCCUCUGAAAGCGGGGAGCCUACUGACACAUACACUUCCUUUGCGGAUGGACAAACUUUUAUACUCGAGAAGCCACCAGUGCCUCCAAAGCCAAAACUCAAGUCCCAGCUCAGCAAGGGGCCAGUUACUUUCAGGGACCCACUUUUGAAGCAGUCUUCGGACAGUGAGCUCAUCUCCCAGCAACAUGCGGCUACUCUGGCUUCAGCCAGUGUUGGUCGGCCACGCUACCUCUUUCAGAGAAGAUCCAAGCUAUGGGGGGACCCCAUGGAGAGCAGGCCAGUCCACGGGGCUGAGGAUGACAAACCAACUGUGAUCAGUGAGCUAAGUUCCCGGUUACAACAGCUGAAUAAGGAUACACGAUCACUGGGGGAGGAACCUACCGGGCCCCCUUUAGAUCCUGGGAAGAAGUCACCUGUGGUCGCAGCACGACUUUUCAGUAGUUUAGGAGAACUCAGCACCAUUUCCCAGCGGAGCUCCGGAACCACCUACACAGUUCGACCUGGCAGCCGCUACCCUGUAACCCGACGUACUCCCAGUCCAGUGAAGCCUGCCCUGGAUAGGACAGACCCUCUCAGCACCGUGCGGCCCUAUGGAUUGACACCUCCCACCAUCCUCAAAUCUUCCAGCCUCUCCAUCCCGCAUGAGCCCAAGGAGGUGCGCUUUGUGGUGCGGAGCGUGAGUGCUCGGAGCCGCUCCCCAUCCCCCUCGCCCUCUCCUGGGCCUCCCCUGCACACUCUGCACCCACCGCGGCCCUUCAUGCAGAAACCCCUCCACCUGUGGAACAAAUACGAUGUAGGGGAUUGGCUGGAAAGCAUCAAUUUGGUGGAGCAUCGAGACAAGUUUGAGGACAAUGAGAUUGAGGGCACACACUUACCUGCCCUGACCAAGGAGGACUUUGUGGAGUUGGGGGUGACACGUGUGGGGCACCGCAUGAACAUUGAGCGAGCACUCAAACAGCUGGUAGACAGUUGACCAUCCUAGGCAGUGCUGGCCUCUUCCAGAGCCAACUUAUGGGGGAAGGGGGGCAUUUCUACUAGACGAAUAAAACCAAUUUGAUUCUCUUUCUAUUCUGACCACUGCACUGAAGGGCGAAGAGCUGAGGAGCGCCCACUCACUCCAUACACCCAGAGCCCCAGGUGUGCACAAACACACACGGACACACACACAUGCACACACACAAACACAUGCUCAGCCCCUACUCAACCGUGCACCAGCCAACACCGCCUUUGGGAAAAGGAAUGUUGCAUGAAAUACACCCCCUUUUCUGUACUCCUAAAGAGUCAGGCCUGUAUAGCGCUUGAUGUGCCUUUCCCCAGGGGCGCUGCUGGUGGCAGGAGGGCAGCGGGCUCUGCCCGGAUUGGCCCAUGCUCCCCAGUCUGUGAUAGAACCUUGUUCACCUGCGUGGAGCAGGCUGUGGAAUGUAUUCUGAUCAAAGGGCUGUGGAGAGAUGGGGGAGUGGUCAGUCUUAUGGUGCAAAUUAGGAACCAUAGCUCAGUUUAGGGUGAUGGGGCUGUGAGCUAAAGGGGCUCAGCUGUGUAGCAAUGGUCGUUUUGUGACCCAGGAACUGAACUGAUCUGUAUGUGAUACAAGGUGGGCCUGCAUUUGAAUGUCAAUAGAGUCCCCGGUUCUUGAGCUACAUCCUGCCAAGCUGCCGCUCACCAGUCCCAUGGGAGUGGCUGACUGGUACCUGGGUCAGGGGUCCUCAGUGCGCCCAGAGGAGCUGCUGAAUAGCAUAGGGGUGGCGAUGGGAGUCUUGGAGGGGCCGUGUGGAGAGUGCAAUGCUGGCACUCACAGUCCCUGAUGCCCGCUCAGAGACUGGUGAGGGCAGGCAGGCACUGAGGUGCAGGUCCCUAGGCCCAGCAGUGCAGUGGGAGUGGCGUCAGGGGUUCUGGGAGCAGGCAACCUGUUUCCCAAAGGCUGUGAGCAAAGCCUGCGCUGGCAUGCGGGCACCUGGCACUAUUGGUGGGCUCCAGUUCAGACAGACCCUAGUGGCCGUGGCAGCAAGCAGGGCCAUUCUGAUUCAAUGGCCAAGAUGCACAGUUAGGAAUGCCCCUGCAAGGAGAACCAGAUCUGCAGCCUCUAGCCAAUUGUUGCUUCUGCCUGCGGAGCCCCUUCACUCUAUGCUCCUUCAGCAGCUUCCAUCCCAAAGCGGAGCAAGCCUGUUGCCAUGCAAACAAGAAACCUGUGAUGACCUGGCUGAGAAAGCCGAGCCUUCGGACUCUGUUCCUUUGCCCUAUUGCCCUGGGCUGCCCUGGUGAGAGAGGAAGUGAAGCUGCAUGGAUAGAAGCAUGUUUGGGGAUGUCCGAGGGAGGCUGGUGGGGAAUCAAGCAGAAAAUGCUUUGCCAACGUUCAAAGGGGGUGGGGGGUGGGGGGAGUCUUCUUUUGCCUCUUGGUUUGGCGUCUUGUUCCCAAGAGGGACACACUGAUGGCUAAUAUAUAAUCUCCAUGCAUUUAUGUAGAGCAGCUGAUGAUCAACAAGAGAUGAUGCUAAAUGCCAGGAUCCCCAUGCCGUCCUAGUCAUCCUUAUUUUGCAUCUUUUUAAUCAGCUAUAUAUUUGAAAAGAGAAGAGAAAAAAUAUCUAUCUAUAUCUGUAGCACCUGAGUUUGUUAGCAUUUUACUAAAUCUCUGUAUCUCUAGGCUUCCCAAGCGGCUCCCUUCCC